AUGGAGUCAGAAAACAAGGAGCGGUCGUCAGAAAACAAGGAGCGGUCGUCAGAGAACAAGGAGCAGUCAUCAGAAAACAAUAAGUGGUCGUUUAAGCUGGUCGAUAGUAAGCUCCGUUUACUCAUAAAUGUGGUAAUUCAGUCUGGCCGCAAGUUAGUGUACGCCAAGAAAGGAGAGUCUCUGGCGCAGGCUGUUUUUAGUCUCGCAUGUGGCGGUGAGAUUGUGGCACACAUUGCCGGACUGCAAAAAAAGCCGGAGUUGUUAGUCCAAGCACCGAACAACAACGCCGUAACGUUAGGCAUUGGCGAGCUGAACAAGAUCAUAAAGAGUUUAGCACAGAAUGUCGGUGAAAUGUCUCAACACUUAUUUGAUAAAUUCAAAGUGUUGUUACGAAUGGAAGCCGGGUGUCAGAUCCAAUUACCUAAUGGGCAAGUGGUGAGGAUUUUUGGCUCGAUCAGGGGCCCAGAAACGUGGCAACAAUCGGUGGUACGGCAGAUCAACUCAAUCGUCCAGUAUAUAAAGAGCGAUUUGGGGAUCAAAGCACCGCAAAUACUCGUAAUCGUGCUGUCACUGUUAUUGGUGUCUUGGUCUGUAGUUGAUCUGUGCAAUGUUUACAAAGAGUGCAUGGAAGACUUACCGAAACCAGACAAACAAGAGUAUCUUAAGCUCAUCAAAAAUGUGGUAGCAACUUUGACUAAAAUCUGUGACAAGCUGGAAAAUAAACGUAUUGGUCAGUAUAAAGAACUUUUAGAUACCCUGGUCGUUGAAACUACAAAACUUAUUAAUAAGAUUGACAAAUCGAAAGAGGAAAUCAAGGAGAGGAUCAAAAUAUUGAAGGAGAAAGAGUCAGACCGUGAGAUUGCGCAAUAUCUAUUUGCAAGUGCCUCCAUAGUCAUCGGUUCCUUCACAAGCUGGAAUUGGAGCAAUUGGAAUACGGCAAGCCGGACGGCUGGAAUAGUAGGAAGUGGAGCCGCUGCUGGCGGUGCAAUCGCCAUGAUGACAUCGGUGAUGAUGUUGAAAAAAGCACAAGCAAAGCAGGAAGAAUUGUUGGAGAAUAUGAUGCGCUUGAAUAAGAAACUCUCAGACAUCAAAGAAUCCGGAUCGGUUCUAGAAUACGAUCUUCUCUCUCAUGAGGUUAUCUGCGUCCAAUUUCAAGAGUACAGAAAGACCUUACUAGAUUAUCAAGCGCAGUUCAGAAACAGUCUAGCUAACGGAAAUCAAUGUUAA